AUGACUUUAUCUUCAAGAAGAAGAGCACUUAGAGAAUCAGUUAAAGAAAAUAUUCGUAGAGCUGAAAAAUCAGAUGAUGAAAAAGAAGAAGAUAUGCAAUUGAAUAAUGAUCCUACUGUUGGUGCUGCUAAUGAAGGAACUACCAAAAAUGCUACCAAUACUAAUUUAAAUUUAAAUAAAUCAAAUAAAAAUUAUGAUGUAGAUGAUGAUUUUAGUGAAGAAGAUAAUGAUUAUGCACCUGAACAAGAAGAGGAAGAAGAAGAAGAAGAAGAUUUAGAUGAUGAUGACCUUGUAACCAAAAGGAAAGGUGCCACUGGUAAAAGAAAAUUAUCACAAACUACAUCGAGUCCAGAAACUGAUGAUCCAAAUUUACCACGUAAACAAACAAGAACAAUUUUCAAAAAUAUUGAUGACCCAUCUUCAACAACUUGUGAAAAAUGUGGAAAAGAAUUUCGUAAUGUCAUUGAUAAACGUAAUCAUCGUAGAACUCAUUCACAACCAAAGAAACAUGAAUGUACUAUAUGUGGAAAAAAAUUUAGUCAAAAGGCUAAUCUUGAAAUUCAUACUACUCAUGUUCAUCAUGAUCUUAUUUUAGAUCAAGAAGAUAUAAUGAAGGAUGAAUCUAAUAUCUUCGCUCAAAAUGAACAAAAAGAAUCAACUUCAUCGGCUGCUUCAAAUUCUUUUAAUUUAAAAGAUGUUAGAGUUUUUCAUUGUCAAGCGUUAAAAUGUAAUAAAGGUUUUAUUUCAUAUGAUAAAUUAAUGGCUCAUGUUGAGACUGAACAUAAAGGUGAAGAAAUUGAUAAUACUUCUCAACAUGUAGGUCUUGAAGAUCCUGAAUUAUCUCAACAACAAUCAUCUGAUCAAAAUUUUAAUAGACCAAUUAUUCCACCAUCAAUUUCUGGUUCAAAUAAUUUUGCUGAUACUGCUGCAGUUGCCGUUAAAAAAGCUAGAGCAAGAUUAGAAAAAACUCCAAAAGCUAAAAAGGAAUCAUUACCUAAAAUUCAUAAAUGUGCACAUCCAGGUUGUACUAAAAGUUUUAGCAAAGUUUCAGAUCUUACUAGACAUUAUAGAAUACAUACUGGUGAAAGACCAUAUGUUUGUGAACAUUGUGGUGCAAGUUUUAAUCAACGUUAUAGAUUAACUACGCAUGUUAGAAUUCAUACAGGUGAAAAACCAUUUACUUGUCAAUAUUGUAAUAAAACUUUUGCAAGAGGUGAUGCAGUUCAAUCUCAUAUUUUUUCAAUUCAUAGAGAUAAAGGUGCUGCUUUCUAA